AUGGAACUCUUCAAAGGACCCUCUCGUCAUCGCCCUCUUCACGGCGACGAGAUCCGCCUGCUCAAGCUGCUACCGGGUAGCUUCAACGAUCCUAUCAUAUGUUACCUGGAACAUGAUUCUCUGGCAUCCGCGCCGCGAUAUGACGACCUUUCAUACGUCUGGGGCGAUGCAACCCAAACGUCGCUCAUAAUGCUCGAUGGCAAUGCAUUCUUACUCUGUGGGCUGAUGCCGUUUGCGUCAAUCAACUCGACAUUCCAGGAGCGGAAUGUCCAAGUGGCCAGGAUGAGGGACAUAUUUGAACAGGCUAAUCGCACGGUUAUAUGGCUUGGCGACUACGCUCCUCAGACUAAAGAGAGCGUUGACUCGGCCUUCAAUCUUGUGGAGCGGGUCUUUGACAUUUUGAAGAACGGCGGAUACACCCAUGCCGCUGUCCAAGACAUCAUCAAGGACCAUGAUGCUGAUGUCCGCGUUCUUCAGGAAAUCGUUCAGCGUCCUUGGUUCUACGGAGUGUGGGCCAUCCAGGAGAUUGCCAUGUGCAAGACGCCAGAAGAGUACAAUUCUAUUCACAACAUUCUGUCUAUCUACCGCCGCUAUCGCAAUGGCAAGAAGCAAACGACGUCCUAUGGAUUCACGGGAUGCGGCGCUGAACAGCUGGUCACAUUUUUAUCGCGGGGUGCAUGCGCUUUCGAAGCGACCGACGAGCGGGACAAGAUAUGUGCUCUCUUGGGCCUAUUGCCCUCUAAGAUCCUUCCUCCUCAGCUACGGCCAAACUACGCCCUGACCGCGGAGCAAAUUUUUGGGGACUACGCAGUGUAUAUGCUUGAAGAGACGAAGUAUCUCGACAUCCCGACUUGCUGCUCUGGUUCGCGACCCGGUCUCCCUUCCUGGGUUCUAGAUUGGAAGAAUGGGUAUUCAUCGGAGCCUUUUCAUCUUGGCAAGGUCUCAUAUAUUCGUUUCCUAGAGGGAAAUAAGAAGAUGGAGAUCGACUGCAUGGUUUUGAGUCACAUUGCCAAGGUCCUCAACCCUGUGGAAAUUGCUGCCGAAUUCACAGGGCGCGUGGAACUCGAGUGGGAAUCGGAGGAUUCCGCAGUAACGCUGCCGCAAUCUCACGAAAAGAUUGCCAACCCAGCAGAGGCAAUGUCGAACGUCUAUGGCAUCCUACCAUCUGUUGAGACUAAAUGGUUUGGGUGCCGAGCGCUCGACGCAAACCUGACGCCGGUAGAGUUGGACCGUUGGGAUUGCCGCGCUGGAGAUUGGGUUCGGGGGAUCUAA